UUCACAAAAGCUCUGACGUCAGCUCUGGAUAGUGGCGAGUGUAAACGCACACACGCCUUUAGUUGGAAAAAGUUGCCCACUCUCAAUUUUCCGCAAAGGAAACGAUUUCAGACGUUUUUUUCUUCCGGCAUCUCUGCUUGCGAGGGGACAAUGUGCGACCCACACAUGUCCGUGUGUUGACAGCGCAGGACACUCCGUGUGUUUGGUGUAUACUACAGUUGUGGUUUUCCCUGACUCACCUAUAGAGCGUAGGCCUAAACAGGUAGACCAGGUAGGCUACGGGAGCGAAAUCCGGAAGAACAAGCACAUCUGAUUGUUCCCACUAUUUUUCUCUUACCUUUGCAACUGAACUUCUCCCAAUAACGUUUAUGCAGUUUUGAUAAUUCUUCGGAGAGAGUAGAAGUGUGAAGAUGACGGAACUACCAGUUCACAAGAAAAAUAUGCUGAUUCUAGUUGAUGUUCUCUGUGUGUUUUUCGCGGCCCUUCCGUCAGCGGUCUUGACGUUAAUGUUCAGCCCGUACCAGAGGGGUAUCUACUGUGAUGACGAGAGCAUCAGAUAUCCUUACAGAAGAGACACCAUCUCGCACAGGGCAAUGGCUGCAGUCACCAUCCCCUCCUCCAUAGUCAUAAUAACUACAGGAGAAGCGUACCUGGUCUACUCCAAGCGUCUCCACUCCAACUCUAACUUUAACCAGUACAUGUCAGCUCUCUACAAGGUGGUGGGGACCUUUCUGUUUGGAGCAGCUGUGAGCCAAUCACUGACUGACCUGGCCAAGUUCACCAUUGGCAGGCCACGCCCUAACUUCCUGUCUGUGUGUAAUCCCACGGUGUGUUCUGGGUACAUGCUGCAACUCAACUGUACCGGCAACCCUCGAAACGUCACUGAGUCCAGAUUGUCUUUUUACUCCGGACACUCUGCCUUCGGGAUGUACAGCAUGCUGUUUCUAGCAUUGUAUGUGCAAGCACGUAUGCAGGGGAAGUGGACUCGUCUGGUCAGACCCACAGUGCAGUUCUUCCUCGUGGCGUUUGCGUUGUAUGUUGGAUACACACGGGUUAGCGACUACAAACACCACUGGAGCGACGUACUGGUGGGACUGCUGCAGGGAACUCUCAUCGCUGUGCUCAACGUUUGCUACGUCUCUGAUUUCUUUAAGCUCCGCCCCCCUCCUCGCCGCCCACGAUCCGAGGCGGCUGAAGACGAACACCUAGAGGCCAAACCUGGCCUGGACCCAGACACACAACUACACAACAACCACUACGACUACACAACUACUUCAGCCCGAACACAGACUAACAACUACACAACAACCACUGCAACUACACAACAACCUCUACACAACAAUCACGGUAACCGUGGGGAAGUGGCGUAGACAGUAAUUUGUUGGUGGGUGGGCCUGCAGAAAUUUGGGUGGGCAAUUAUUUUUAAUUAAAAUGUUUUGUUGUUGGGGAAAGGAGUUAACUUCCUGCAAUGUUGCCAUUGGGCCAAGAGAGAAAUGUACAGUUUUAUAGCUGUUUAUGAAUUCUAUCUGAUGAUGUUUGCAUGCUUAAGUGAAAAGACAACAAAUAAAUAGAGCCCGACCCGUAUUGGAUUUUUGGGUCCGAUACCGAUUUUGGGGGAGGGAAAACUCACAGAUUACUGAUAUCUGUCGAUAUAUUGUUUUUUUUUUUGAGGUUGAAUGAAAAACAGACCAAAUUGUGCUUCAUAGGAUCAACAGAUACUCUAAAUGAUGAUUUCUUAACUAAAUAUUAUAGUUAACAUUAUUUAAGAACAUUUUAUUUGUGGUUUACAGGAGAUCCAGUGAAUACAAAGCUUGUUUAGUUGACUUUCUUAGGUGCAACUUAAAAAAUGUCUAUGGCAGUGGAAAAGAGGUAUGAAAAAGUGUUUGUGCUAAACCACCAUAAGGGUGAGUAGAUUUACUCGUGUUUUACAGCAGUCAAAGGUCAUGGAAACAAACACUUUAUGGCAACCUUGCAAUGAGAGUACGUAAUGACAAGCACAAGCUAGCUGUUCAUUAUGACAAUGUUUUCUUACAGAAACCAUAUUUACAUAACACUGUUAUUCAAUACAAAAUGCAUUGGCUAUACAUGUCAACUACAAAUGGCACGCGCUGAUGACUGAAAAUGUUUAUGCGUGCAAAUUCUUGCUGCGCUGGUUUUUGUCACACGUUCCCAACAUCGCGAGCUAGCUAACAUUAGCUACUUAUCUCAUAAUGAAUGCAAGCACAUGGCCUGAAUGAUAGACCUGCGCCAACUGUCUUGUUUUUUGCAGAUUGCAUAUUUCAGAAAACAAACUAAAUUAGCCCACUAGCUAACA